UGUUGUUCACUGCGUUCGAGAAAGUGUACCCUAGCUGACAGUGAUGGCUACCGCUGGUAUAGGUUCGGUGAAGCUGGAUGAGUGUGUGGUGUUGUCCGGAAUAUCCGGUCGCUUCCCGCAGUCGAACAAUUUGCGCGAGUUGGCCAGCAAUUUGUACCGAAAGUGCGAUAUGGUGGACGACAAGCCGACGCGCUGGGUUCACACGAUGUCAGAGUUACCGCCUCGGAUAGGGAAAGUCAAUAACCUGGAAAAGUUUGAUGGGGAGUUUUUCGGAUACGAUCGGAAUUAUUAUCACGUGAUGGACCCCCAACUACGGUUACUGUUGGAGCAUGUGCAUGAAGCGAUACUUGAUGCGGGUGUUAAUCCGGAGACAAUUCGUGGCUCUCGUACGGGAGUAUUCGUUGGCGUGUGCUUCUCGGAAACGGAAUCUAAAAUGAUAUUUCAGGCAUGUCCUCCCAAGGGCUAUGCAUUGCUGGGGUGUGCAAAAUCUCAACUGGCGAACCGUAUCUCAUACGUGUUCGAUUUCCAUGGUCCUUCGCUCAUCGUUGAUACAGCUUGCAGCAGUUCAAUGUACGCUUUGGACAUCGCACGCAGAAGUAUUCUGGCUGGUCAAUGUGAUUCGGCAAUCGUUGCGGGAUGUAACCUGUGUCUGCAUCCAUAUAUAUCAUACCAAUUUAACCUGCUGGGGGUUCUCGCAAGAAGUGGAGUUUGCCGGCCGUUUGAUGAGAAAGCUUCCGGAUACACCCGAGCGGAGGCGGUUUGUGCUGUACUCCUACAAAAAGCACCGGAUGCAAAGCGAAUCUACGCUCACGUGCUGCACUCUAAGACCAACUGUGAUGGCUUUAAAUCUGAGGGCAUAACGUACCCCUCCGGUGCCAUGCAGGGUCAGCUUAUGAAAGAAUUAUAUCAAGAGUUGGCAAUCAACCCGGCUGAUAUUUCGUACAUAGAGGCUCACAGUACCGGAACUGUAGUUGGAGAUCCUGAGGAGUGUCUUGCCAUCGAUAAACUGUUCUGUACGAAUCGUGACCGCCCGCUUCCGAUUGGCUCGAUUAAGUCGAACAUUGGACAUUCCGAAGCAACGGCGGGGAUUGCCUCAAUUGCCAAAGGCAUAAUCACGUUGGAGAAUGGAAUGAUUCCACCGAAUAUCAAUAUAUCGACACCUCGACAGGAUAUCUCUGCAUUGGCUGAAGGACGACUGCAAGUGGUUACCGAUCCUCAACCUCUUGAGGGUUCGCUAAUCGCUCUAAACUCUUUUGGAUUCGGUGGAGCUAACGCUCACGCUUUGAUUCGUAGUCAUAUGAAACAUAAAAUACAUCACGGAGUUCCCCAAGAUGAUCUACCAAGAUUAGUGGUAUGGUCCGGCAGAACAAAAGAAGCGAUCGAUGUUAUGUUUGAUGAUAUUUCUCAACGCGCUUUGGAUGCAGAAUUUAUCUCCCUAUUGUAUAACAUUCAAAGUCACCACAUUCCUGGUCAUCGGUAUCGCGGUUUCGGGAUCUUUAGUAAACAAGAAACGGAAUCGGUUAAGCUGGAGCUCUUCGAGAGGACACGAAUUAAGUUAGAUUCUUUACCACUAGUUUUGAUGUUUACUGGUAUCAACACCUACUGGCGGGAGGACCUGGAGACAUUUAGACUAUUUCCGGAAGUUCAAGCUACGGUAGGAAAGUGUAGUUCAGUGCUGAAUGAGCUUGGGUAUGACCUCUUUCAACGAACCGAUAGUAAGAUAGAUCUGCUGCAGUUGAUGGUUGGUUCGACUGUUUUGCAACUAGCCUACGUAGAUCUACUGAAUGCGAUCGGAGUGAAAUACGCUGCCUAUGGAGGUUACUCUGUCGGGCAGUUGACCUGCGCUUACUUGGAUCAGUGUUUAUCAUUGGAACAAGUUAUCAAACUAGUCCACAGUCACGGAACCAUCUUUGCCGAGUACAAUACGAAGAUAAACUUCAACGCCUUUCUGGAGCUGGGUGCCAAACGGCCGGCUCCGCCGCUUUCCUUCGAUGCAUUUAUUCAAAAUCAAAUCCUAUCUCGUUUCGGAGUGGUUGGUGGUCCUUUAAAUCCCAUCUGCGCCGUUGUCGACCAACUGAAGUCGCGAGGUCUUGUUGCCGAACUUUUACCCUUUAUAAGUUUACUGUACAGCAAAGAUUCGGCGGGUGAGAUAUCGGAAAAGUUAAAAAAGGGAUAUUGGGGUGCUGUCAACAUACCGGUUACAGCUUCCUCCAAAUGGUUCAACGCCAACAGUACUGCUAUGUUUGGUUCUACGUCGACACAUGAUUCUAUCGCGAUCGUCGAGCUGCUGGAGAAAAUCCCCGAACAUUGUUUGCUCCUGGAGGCGUUUUCCAAACGAUCAAUUGAUCCAGUAUUAGUAAGCUUGAAGAGGAAUUCUAAAUGCGUUCCCGUUGAUUACAAAAUGACCAGUUUCGUGAUGAGAUUUCUGUCUGCAUUGGGACAUUUGUACCUAUCAAAACAAGAUCUCUCCUUGCUGAAACUAUACCCACCGGUUGAGUUUCCCGUGUCACGAGCUACUCCCAUGAUAGCACCAUUGAUUCGCUGGGAUCACCGGGACUCGUGGACUGUAAUCCGAUACGAAUGGAACGCCAGUAAGGCUUCCAAUAUAAUGCAAUUUAAGGUAUCGCUUUCGGAUGCAAUCUUCUCCUACGUCACCGGACACUGUAUCGACGGGAGGGUACUCUUCCCGGCAACCGGUUAUCUUAGUUUGGUUUGGGAAUUGCUCACCUACCUUGGACAGCGUGAAAUGACGGAUUGUCCGGUACAGUUUGACAAUGUAGAGUUUCUGCGCGCUACCUCGAUCGCCCAGACUCAGUCCGUCACGUUGACGGUUUCGCUGCAACGAGCUACAGGACGAUUCGAGGUACUGGAAGGGGACACUGCUGUGGUAGUCGGUUACGGAAGGCAGCUAGAUGACAAUUAUGAACACUUUACCGCUCAAGAGACACCAUCGUCGGCCACCAUCCUAGCGUCUCGCGAUUUCUACAAAGAACUUCGUCUUCGUGGUUACCAAUACAGACAAUUGUUCCGAUCUGUGCUGGAAGCUCGUAGUGACGGAUCGGUGGCCAAAAUUCAGUGGAACGGCAAUUGGGUGGCAUUCCUGGACUCUAUGAUUCAGGUUGGUGUCAUAGGCAUUGAUACGCGACUUCUGAUGGUACCGACAAUGAUCGAAAGUGUUACGAUAUGCCCUAAAUAUCACCUUUCGUUGAUAUCCCGAAACACCGAGGAUCGCGAUUAUUUUAUCUCUUCCACCUGUCGUUUGACGAAUGUGAUCACUAGCGGUGGUGUUCGGAUAUCGAGACCUCGGGCCCAUAUUGUCAACAGACGCAAUCCACCAGGAAUACCUAUUCUGGAGGCCUACCGUUUCGUUCCUUACAUAUCUGCGGAGAAAGUUUCUGCUUUGGAAGCUGUAAGAAUGUGUGUGCAGUUAGCGGUUGAGAAUGCUCCAAGCCUGUCAAUGUUGGCUACGGAAUUAUAUCAAGACGGUUCUGCACCGUUUCUUCCCCUUUUCGCGGAAGCUAUGGCAGGUAUACCAUUGAUUCAACCAACGCUGACACUGCUGAGCAGUGCGGAAAUGGAGAUACCCAAUGUAACGGUGAAAAAUGAAAAGUUAGGUGGACAAACCAAUUUGCAGUUUCUCAUCAGCCACGAUCAGUUAGAUAAUGCGGACUUCCUUAAAGAUGCUUUGACGAGUUUGGCUGUGACGGGAUACCUUGUGAUUAGAAGCAAAUGUGAAACUCUUAAGUUACCACCACAAUUGAUUAAAAUUGCCAGUUUCGAAAUAGAUGAAGAUCAAACCAUUUUCGUACUACAGCAGACGUCAAGCGUGGUUAAAGAAUCUCCAGCGGUGAUUCGCGUAAAGUCUGACGAUACUUCCUUCAACUGGCUUCAGGAGUUGAAGGACGCCAUUAAGAUCAGACCAGUUCUUGUGUAUUCUCAGAACGACCCUUCUUCCGGAAUCAUUGGUCUAGUGAACUGUAUCAGAAAAGAACUCAAACCACACAGCAUCAUAUGUGUGUUGAUAGACGAUCCGAGUGCUCCACCUUUUGAUCUGAGCCAUCCCUUCUACAAACAGCAGAUCUGUCUGAAUCUAGCGAUCAAUGUGUAUCGAAACGGGGCUUGGGGAAGUCAGCGACACGCACUUCUAGAUCUUCAACCACGAACGGUACCCGUUAGCAACCACUGUUACGCCAACUGCAUGAACCGAAGUGACCUGUCAUCUAUGGCCUGGUUCACAGGUGCCAUGAACGCUUCUCCAGUUAAAGGUGAACUGGUCCGGGUUGUGUACAGUGCCCUGAACUUCCGGGAUGUAAUGCUAGCGACUGGCCGGAUUACCUCCGAUGCAUUCAACGUUAAUCGACUGGAGCUGGAGUGCCUGCUGGGUAAUGAGUACUCGGGAGUUACAGUUAACGGUCGACGAGUGAUGGGUGUUGUGCCUUGCGGAGCGAUGUCGACGCUGAUAGAAUGUGACCCUCAGAUGACAUGGACUAUUCCCGAUCACUGGAGUUUGGAGGAUGCGGCGACGGUUCCGCUUGUGUACGGUACAGUGUACACGGCACUCUUCAUCUCCAGCCAUAUCCGGGCAGGAAAGUCGAUACUGAUCCAUGCCGGAAGUGGAGGCGUAGGACUCGCAGCUAUUCAGGUGUGUCUAGCGAAUGGUCUGGAGGUGUUUACGACGGUUAGCACCGCUGAGAAAAAGCAGUUUCUUCUUGAAAGAUAUCCCCGGCUAAUAGCGGAAAAUAUCGGCAAUUCUAGAGACACUUCGUUCGAGCAAAUGGUUAAACUGAGGACGAACGGGAAGGGCGUCGAUUACGUUCUGAAUUCAUUGGCCGAGGAAAAACUCCAAGCUUCCGUUAGAUGUUUAGGAAGGAACGGGCACUUCUUGGAAAUCGGAAAGUAUGACAUGACGAAGGACUCGAAACUGGCGAUGAGUUUGUUCCAGAAGGGGCUAACAUUCACGGCAGUUAUGCUGGACGGCCUGUUCAAAGGGUCCGAGCAAGAGAAACAGAAAAUCAAGGAAUUAUUGACGGAAGGCAUCAUCAGUGGAGUAAUCCAGCCAUUAAACACAACCGUUUAUCCGGCAGUUGAGAUAGAAAAAGCUUUUCGUUUCUUGGCUAGUGGGAAACACAUGGGUAAGGUCCUACUGCGCAUACGAGAGGACGAUUAUGAUGAGCAGACCUUACCGAUACCUUGCGCGCCUAGACUGUAUUGCAAUCCGGUCUGUACUUAUCUGAUAGUUGGUGGUCUUGGAGGUUUCGGUUUGGAGUUAGCUGAUUGGCUGGUACUCCGCGGCUGUCGUAAGUUGGUACUGAGCUCCAGUCGUGGUAUAACCAAGCCCUAUCAGGAAUACAGGAUAAGGGUAUGGCACAGCUAUGGAGUUCAAACCAUUGUGAGUACAGAUGACGUUUGUUCGUUGGAAGGUUGUCGCAAGCUAAUACAAGUUGCUUCGGAGCUGGGUCCUGUGGCAGCCAUAUUUAAUCUGGCCGUUCAGCUGCGUGAUUGUUUGUUGGAAAAUCAGACGGUCGAAAAAUUCGUAGAAUGUUUUGCUCCGAAGGCAUACGCCACUCAGUUUCUGGACGAGGUGAGUCGGCAGCUCUGUCCCAAGCUGAAUUAUUUUGUAGUGUUUUCGAGUGUUUCAUGUGGACGGGGAAACGCCGGACAGUGCAACUACGGAAUGGCAAAUUCUGUCAUGGAAAGAAUCGUGGAGAAACGAAUGGCAGAUGGCUUUCCCGGGAAAGCCAUUCAGUGGGGUGCUAUAGGAGAUGUUGGCAUCGUGGCGGACAUGGCAGAAGAUAAGCUUGAUAUGGAAAUAGGAGGAACAUUGCAGCAACGGAUCACCUCCUGCCUGCAGGAGUUGGAUCGUCUUUUGGAAUGUAAGGAUCCUGUUGUUGCCAGCAUGGUUGUAGCGGAGAAGCGUCUUGGAGGAGGCAGUCGUAAUCUAAUCGAAGCGGUUAUGAACAUUAUGAGUAUUCGUGAUCUGAAAUCGGUGUCUAUGGAAAGCACCCUGGCGGAUAUUGGAAUGGACUCAUUGAUGGCUGUUGAAAUAAAGCAGGUACUGGAACGAGACUUCGAUUUGGUGCUUUCACCGCAAGAAUUGCGAACCUUAACGUUCAUGAAGCUUCAAAAGAUGGCAGAUGAAAAGAAUACCGUCAAUGAAGGUUUUGAAAAGAAAUUUGUCAUUGGUAUGGACAUGUUGCUUAGGAAUUUUGGCGAUGAGGAGUAUAGUGGCGAAACAGUUCUCCAGGUAUUAUCCAACUCGACGGUAGGUCGUCCGAUUUUGCUCAUUCCUGGAAUGGAAGGAGUUGCUGGGAAUGUAUUACGCACUCUGGCAUCAAGACUGAACGCUCCAGUGUAUAUUUUGCAAACACUGAAUACCGCCGAACUGAAUAGUAUACCAGCGAUCGUUGAUCACAUAAUGGAUGAAUUAGACGAGAAACUGUUCAACGGUGCCAACGACUAUCUCAUCGUAGCGUAUUCGUUUGGGUCAUUCAUUGCCCUUGAGAUAGCUGGAAGAUUGGAAAGUAGAAAUUUGCCAGGGAAGCUAAUAUUGAUAGACGGUGCGCCUAAAUUCCUCACUAAACUUUCCCAUCUGUUAUUAGGAGAGAAUCCUCCGGACGAGUUGAUUCAAAAAUCUUUGAUUGCAGCCAUUAUUUCGGUUGUGUUUCCCAAUCAACCAGCUAUGCAGGUGUUCUCUAUUUUGGAAGUUCCAACGUUCCAGGAACAAAUCGAAAAGCUGAUAGAAGUCGGGAAAGAAAAUAAAAUUUAUUCACCUGAAUAUAUUCGCAAGGUUACAACUCUAGUGUACAAUCGUCUCAAGAUGGUGUUUAUUAAGCCAGAGGAGAAGGAAAAAUGGCUGCAAGUUCCUAUUGUGCUGAUACGUCCGUCCGAGGUCUCUACGGUGGAUAUUGAGGAAGAUUACGGGCUAGAGAGCUGCACAACUGAGCCAGUAACAUUGAAAAUUGUCGAAGGAAGCCACAUGACAAUGUUGGAGAGCGAAGUUUUAAUUGAAAUUAUCAACAGUGAACUGGCUUAAGACUUAAUAAUGGUUUAAUAAAUUGGUGAUUAGCCAUUGUUUUUAUGAGUAUUGUUGAAAUAUUUUAGUGAUAUUUUUCGUUUCGCGAUAUAUAUGGUGCUAUAAACUGCAUGGCUUUCUACACAA